GAGACGUCACAGUCAGUUAAAUAACUCCGACCGGUUCACUCAGAGCGUGGCGUAGCCCGGAGACAGACCCGCUAGACCGGGUAGAGAGCUCGACGGACAAGGACGUACUUGCAGUCAGACGAGUUAACACACGCACAGGCAGACAUAACACAGAGGUGUUCCAUAACGGAAUACCCACUUUCCAGGUGAUCGGAAUGGGGGGCACCGGACAGGUGACCGCUCUGAUUCUCGGCAUCAUCCUGGGAGUUCUGAUAAGUCCGGUGGAGGGGCGUUUUCUGAGAUUCGAACCCGGCUAUGAAUACCAGUAUAAGUUUCACUCAGAUGCACAGGUACAUGGAGUGGAUACCUUCACCGUAGCAGCCAGGGUGGGAUAUUCCUGUCUACGGGAGUUGGAUGAAGGCCAAGAAGUGACGAUUCGGGUCAUUGCUUUCACCCUGGAAUCAUCAAAGACAUCACAGGCUCAAGGUCAUGACUGGGAUUUCUCAAAGUGGUUCUCCUUUGUGUUGACAUCCCGUGGGGAGGUACUUCGUGUACUCCAUGAACCAGAUGAACAGGCAGAGAUACUGGCCAUCAAGAAGGCUUUAGCAGGCAUUUUAGCAGCUCGUCUGCAUGAUGACAAGGACAAGGACAUCAUAGACAUAAUCAGCACAAAUGACGGUUGGAAGUACCACAUCCAGGAAACAGGUCAUGAAGGCUUGCACAAUGCCACAUAUGAAGUCCACACAAGUGAUGAUGGCAAAAUUUUUACAAAAACCAGGCACAAUCAUCCUGUACCACAUGCAACAGGGGCCUAUACCAAGACAAUGCACUACCAUGAGGACAUGCGCAUUCUGCACACGGUUGAGGUUCAGGAGCAUUUUGAUACUUUGGAUAAUCCACCAGAAGGGUAUACAUCACAUUUCAAAGGUCAUCAAUCACCAGACAUGCACUUUGAAGAUGAAAAAGUUGUGGUGCCAUCCAUGACUGGACAAGGACGGGGUAAACUAGAAUUUCUCACUAGACUACGCUUGAGAAAUGAUCCAGAGCUUCCUAAAGUCAAGCUUGUGACCGGCUCCGUGCAUGUGGAUAAGGUUCCAAGCAGACAGCCACAUGCAAACCUCACAACUGUAAUUGAUGACAUAACUGGUAAUCUGACAUGCAUGCGUCUUCAGCCUGCAAAAGGUUCUAAAGCACUGAUGGACUGCUUUGCUCUCAUGCUUGAUGUACUGCAACAGCUUCCUGAUCAUGACUUAGAAAAGCUCAUACAGGACUAUUUUGGACCAAAAUCCAGACAGGAGCACCACCAGAGAGACCGUGAAUCUAUGAUGGAUGGGCUGUGGUCUGUCAAGUCUGAUCACGUUCAACAGCUUCUAACAGAGUCUGUACUACUUACAGAAGAUCCUGAAGUAAUAUUUGUUGAGAGGCUUCUGUACCAUGUGGCAAGCACAGACAAUCUUCCCGCGGAGUCUAUAGUACAAACCAUCAUUUCACUGGCCUUCAAACCGGAAGAGCAUGCAGCUAUCUUUCACAAAGGGGAGAUCCACCAUCGUGUACUUUUGACUUUAGGGGUGUUUAUCAAUCUGUUGAACAAAGAUGGACAAACCCAACGAGCAUCAGAACUUGCCUUGGAACUGCAGAGCAUGCUUGGAAUCCAUGAUCCUUGGGUGUACCGCAAAAAACGAGAGACAAUGACAGAGUGGGAAGCUAUCGAUGAGGACUUGCGGAAGGUUGUGUUGCUGGAGACACUGGGAAAUGGCAGACUUGACCAGUCUUAUGAAUACAUUGUGUCACACGUCAAUAGCACAACUCCCAGUGGGUGAAACGUGCUGGUGUUCAUGCCCUUCGAGACUACCGCCAUGACCAUGCUGCAGAUGUCAUCCUGAUGGCAGCAUUGUAUGAUGAACAUGAGACUGUCCGCUAUGAAGCAGCCCAGCUCUACAGGCGUCAUCCUAAUAACCACCUGUUUGAUCCAUCACUAGAGGACACUGUAGUUCAUGAAAA